CCUCUUUUCGCUGUGUAACACUUCCUAGUAAUUUGGAAAGGAAGGAAAAUUAGAAAAGAAAGAAAGAUGUGUCCGUCUGGCAGAAGUAUAGCAUCAAACACAAAAACGGCGUCGUCGGGGCUACAUUUCAGGACAGCAUUCGAUGUUCUUGAUGCAGACCGCGAUGGCAAGAUUAGCAAAGAAGAUCUUCGAAUGUUUUACGCUGGAAUACAGAACGGCGGCGUCGGAGAUGAUGGCGAUGAUGAUGUUAUAGGGUCCAUGAUGUCCGUAGCUGACUUUAACAAGGAUGGUUUCGUGGAGUACGAUGAAUUUGAGCGUGUUUUGGACGGUAAUGAUGUCAAUAAAAAGAAAAGGAGUUGCUGCAAUGGAGUUUUGGAAGAUGUUUUUAAGGUUAUGGAUAAAGAUGGGGAUGGGAAAUUAAGUCAUGAUGAUUUGAAAAGUUAUAUGCAAUUAGCUGGUUUUGAUGCUAAUGACGAAGAUAUUAAGGCUAUGAUUAAGUUAGGUUCUAGUAGUGGCGGCAAUAAAAAAGAUUGUGUAUCUUUUGAUGAUUUGAUUAAGAUUUUGUGUUUUGAUCUUUAAUUUUGUAUGGUCGAUUUAUUUGCAACAAGUCUUUGGUCUUUCUGUAAUUUGCUCCGUCUACUUCUUGUUUUUAUUCUCUUUUUAUUUAGUCAAUAAUGGACGGAUGCUAUUUAUUAAGAUGAACAGUAUUAUGUUCUUUUGAAUGAAGAAUUAAAUUGAAGAUUGUUUUAUGGUA